UCUCUCUCUCUCUCCCUCCCUCCUCUCUCACUCUCUCUUUAAAAAAAAAAAAGAUUAUUAACUCUCAAAGCUCAGUUUUAUUUGCAGCUUAUGAAUAUAGGAUGGCAUCUCAUUUUUUUAGAUUACCCACAAGGUCCUUUAGGUACCUUCUUAUUGCUACCAUACUUAGGCCUGAAUGUCUGAUUGAUGAGAUAUUUCAAGAAGUUGGAACUUUUAGAAGGGGUUGUCCAUAAGAUUGUGAGGCUAUGGAACUAGAUAAGCAUUACUUCCAGUACUAUUAACUCAAUUAAUAAUACAUUUUGAAUCGUAUCAUUUUCUGGAGAUGUGGAAAGAGAAUAGGAGCUGAACUCCCUUAAAAUUAGCAUCAAAGAGAACUGAUGUCUGUAGAGAAGCGCCUAAAUCCAUUGGUUACUUAUUCACAGUCAUCUUUGGGAAUCUGUGGGGUGUUUCUUAUUAGCGAAAGGGGAGGAUGGCCAUGAAUGUUUUAAUUUUUUAAAACAAAGCACUACCUAUUUAUAGUGGAAAUUUUGAGGAAAAUAGAGAAGGUAAAUAAAUCACUUAAUUUUUAGAAACAGAUAUGCCUCCUUUUCUAUCCCUAGAUGCAUUACUAUAUAAAUUUUUUAUUAGCAUAUGUUUUGUGAUCUUUUUCAUUUACUAUCUGGCUAAUACUUCACCAUGUCAAUAAGUACCCUAUAUACUUUAGAAUGACUACAUAGACUGUGUUCCAUCUUUAAGAUAUUCUAUGAUUUAUAAUCUACAGUAGGGCUGUUAAGUUGUUUUAAGUAUUUUCUAUUAAUAUGGCAUUGAACGUCUAUAGAUAAGACUUUCCAUACAAUCUUGUUUGUUUCCUUAAGAGAGAUUAUUAGAAAGAGAUGUGGGUCAGACAGUAUAUAUAUUUUUAAAGUCUGUUGAUAUAUUUAGAUAAAAUUCUUAUCCAGCAAUGCUGUAUUAAGAUAAUAACUAUUUAUAUUAGGAUCAAAUUCUUCAUCAUUCUGACUUCUCUGUAGUCCGUCAGUAGAAUGAAACCCAACUGUAAAAAGAGAGACAGAAGGUUACUUAUAAUUGAAAAAUACAUAGUAUCUUUUCAGCUGGGGAACUUCAAGACUACAAAUUACCCCUAAUGUUCUAAUUAGACACAUAAAGAAGACCCCUAUCGAUCAUUUCUCAACAAUUAUAUAGUCAACUAAUGUAACAAUGGUACUAAUAUUGGGACGCAGACUAAACAGAGAGGAUCUUGGGGUACGUGAUUCCCCAGCAACUAAGCGUAAAGUUUUUGAAAUGGACCCUAAAUCUCUGACAGGUCAUGAGUUUUUUGACUUCUCUUCAGGAUCAUCCCAUGCUGAAAACAUACUCCAGAUAUUUAAUGAGUUCCGAGACAGCCGCUUAUUCACAGAUGUUAUCAUCUGUGUGGAAGGAAAGGAGUUUCCUUGCCAUAGAGCUGUUCUUUCAGCCUGUAGCAGCUACUUCAGAGCUAUGUUUUGUAAUGACCACAGGGAAAGCCGAGAAAUGUUGGUUGAGAUCAAUGGUAUUUUAGCUGAAGCCAUGGAAUGUUUUUUGCAGUAUGUUUAUACUGGAAAGGUGAAGAUCACUACAGAGAAUGUUCAAUAUCUCUUUGAAACCUCAAGCCUCUUUCAGAUUAGUGUUCUCCGUGAUGCAUGUGCCAAGUUCUUGGAGGAGCAACUGGAUCCUUGUAAUUGCUUAGGAAUUCAGCGCUUUGCUGACACCCAUUCACUCAAAACACUCUUCACAAAAUGUAAAACUUUUGCAUUACAGACUUUUGAGGAUGUGUCCCAGCAUGAAGAAUUUCUUGAGCUUGACAAAGAUGAACUUAUUGAUUAUAUUUGUAGUGAUGAACUUGUUAUUGGUAAAGAGGAGAUGGUUUUUGAAGCCGUCAUGCGUUGGGUCUAUCGUGCUGUUGAUCUGAGAAGACCAUUGUUACACGAGCUCCUGACACAUGUGAGACUCCCUCUUUUGCAUCCCAACUACUUUGUUCAAACAGUCGAGGUGGACCAAUUGAUCCAGAAUUCUCCUGAGUGUUACCAGUUGUUGCAUGAAGCAAGACGGUACCACAUACUUGGGAAUGAAAUGAUGUCCCCAAGGACUAGGCCACGCAGGUCCACUGGCUAUUCAGAGGUGAUAGUUGUUGUUGGAGGCUGUGAACGAGUUGGAGGAUUUAACCUUCCAUAUACUGAGUGUUAUGAUCCUGUAACAGGAGAAUGGAAGUCUUUGGCUAAGCUUCCAGAAUUUACCAAAUCAGAGUAUGCAGUCUGCGCUCUAAGGAAUGACAUUCUUGUUUCAGGUGGAAGAAUCAAUAGUCGUGAUGUCUGGAUUUAUAACUCACAGUUAAAUAUUUGGAUCAGAGUUGCCUCUCUAAAUAAAGGCAGAUGGCGUCACAAAAUGGCUGUCCUCCUUGGUAAAGUAUACGUCGUAGGAGGCUAUGAUGGACAAAACAGACUUAGCAGCGUAGAGUGUUAUGAUUCCUUUUCGAAUCGAUGGACUGAAGUAGCUCCCCUUAAGGAAGCAGUGAGUUCUCCUGCAGUGACUAGCUGUGUAGGCAAAUUGUUCGUGAUUGGUGGAGGACCUGAUGAUAAUACUUGUUCUGAUAAGGUUCAAUCUUAUGAUCCAGAAACCAACUCUUGGCUACUUCGUGCAGCUAUCCCAAUUGCCAAGAGGUGUAUAACAGCUGUCUCCUUAAACAACCUGAUCUAUGUUGCUGGUGGACUGACCAAGACAAUAUACUGUUAUGAUCCAGUUGAAGACUACUGGAUGCAUGUACAGAAUACAUUCAGCCGACAGGAAAACUGUGGUAUGUCUGUGUGUAAUGGUAAAAUAUAUAUCCUGGGUGGAAGACGGGAAAAUGGAGAAGCCACAGACACUAUUCUCUGUUAUGAUCCUGCGACAAGUAUCAUCACAGGGGUAGCUGCAAUGCCCAGGCCAGUGUCCUAUCAUGGCUGUGUGACUAUCCAUAGAUACAAUGAGAAAUGCUUUAAGCUUUAAAGCCAGGAUACCUCACCAAGAAGCCACACUGAUCCAAGAUGAGAGGUUUUAAAAACUCCUGAGUGGGAACUUGACUUAUCUCCUCUGUGCCAUAUUCAAAAAAUAGUAAAACCAAUAAUCCUGGUGCCUUUCUCCCCAGUACAUCAGUCUUUCAAACUGUAAUAAAGCCUUUGCUGUAAUGGAAAGAAGUUGUUAAAGAUAAUUAUGGUGAUUGUUGCUUGACCUUUGAGAGUUACCCUUGUAUUUGUUAAGAAGCCUCUGUGGAGUAGGAAAUAAUGUCUGCCUGAAUACUUUUUUAGAAAUUUGUGAAUGGUCUUUUCAUUUAUGUAUGUUUAUCUGCAAGACUGUAUAUUCCUUAUUUUGUCAUUUAUGUAAAGAAAAAUUGCAUGACUGAGGCUUCAUUUAGGUUGACUCACCUAAUGCUGAGAAUGCUUAGUAUGUAUUCUUAGGGAGAAAAAUCAAUUUUAAAAAUCUUUGUCACAGACAUAGCAUAUCCACAUUGAUUAAUUUUAUUGAAGGGUUUUCCCCCCCCCCGCAAUUGAUAAAAUUGUAAUGAUAACAAUUCGAGUAUCAUAAAAUACUGAAUUAUUGUGACUUCAUUGUUAGAACUGCUGUCUUAUAUUAAACAUGUUUUGGGGGGAGGAGUUAGGUAGGAGAUACAGAUAUAAGUGCCCAUAAAAGGGGGAUGAAAAUUACAAGUUAAUUUGUAAGAAAAAAUUAAACAACUAUUUAAGAGAAUGGGACCCACUGUGGCUCUCAAAGUAUUUAUGCAUCAUCUCUAAGUCCUCUAAGGAAGUCUCUUUCCUUUAACCUGACAAAGGAGUUGAAAUCCAUUUUGCAACGUUGUCGUGUGAAAACUAGGAAAGGGUUUUCUCCCCAGCCAAUAGGUUUGACCUCAUUAGUAUGGUGCUUUGGGUCAGAACCUCUUCCUUGGUUAUUCUGCUUUCUUUGAAACGGCUAAAAAACUGAGAAUCUCUACUGUUGAAGUGCCUUUAAUAGGCUAAAGCAGGGACCACUUACCUCAGUGGGUCCAUUUUUCUUUUAAACUUAGCUCUGAAAAAAAAACAACAGUGGUUCCAGUCUUCUGAGAUAAAUCCAAAUUGUAUUAAUUUGUGUAAAACAGACUGAUUUGUCUAGAUUUCUCAACUACAGUUUAUGAAGCUUACCAGUUUUCAGAGAGGAAUGUCAAAAUUUUUUCCAAGGCAAAUAAAUGGAUAUGGCAGGAACUACAGCCUAAGUAAUUAUUGUGAUUCCUGGAUGGACGGAUAUAAUUUACAACAUUUUAGGGAUGUACCAGGUAGCCUACUGUAUUUUAACUUCCCAGUCAAUGUUGUCUCUCACUUUGGAAUUGCAUACUCCUUUUCAUAAUAGGGAUGAUGCAAAUACAUGAUUAUAGUGUCACCAGAUUUUUGUUAAAACCAAAGUAGUCAUCAAAAAACCUAACAUUGGUAAACUUGUUUUCCCCCUUAUUCUAGAAUGACACAGACGUUUCAAAUAGAGAAACUUUACAGCUUAGGAUCUAAAUUCAAGUCAAUUUUAAAAUGAUACAUAAUUUUCUGUGAUAACUAUCAAAGCAAUUUAGAAAAUAAUUAGUUGAAAAACAGUUAUAUAUACAAUUGGGAUGCUUGUAUUGUAAUUUUAUAAUAAAUAUCUUCAUUAUACUUUUGUAGAUAAUGGAACCUAUUUAGUUCAGAAAUUCUUUAUAGUAAAUGAGAUAAUGUAUGAAAACAUGUUUUGUAAAUGCUUAGAAUUAUACAAACAAUAGUUGUUAUUUUUAUGUGUAUUUGUAAGCUCUUGUCCGUACAGAGACUUCACAUAAAAAAAAAAAAAACUUUCUUAAGAUACCUUUGUAUUCUAGUAUUUUUGUCUAUUGUAAAAGUAUUAACUAUUUACUUAUAUUUUAUUUUACAUUUAUUUUCAUAUCCAUGUGUUUGUUGUAGUAAAAUUGAAAUGAAACCUUAACAAAAAUAAUUUGUUUAAACACAGACCUCAUAUCAAUAUUGUUUAAUUUUUUCUCUACAUAAUUUUUAAACUACAUAAAUUAAGUAGUUGCAAUUUAUGUUGAAGGCCACCAAGUACUUAGCAUGAAUCCUAGAAAAUUAAAGUAAUUUUUUAAAGUUACACAACUGAUAUUUUAACUUACUUUAAUUAUUUUUCUUCCUGUUUCUAAUUCUUGACUAAUAAUGGCAUUCGCCUUGAUUUUAAAAAAAUAUUUUAGGAUACAAUUAGUAUAUCAAAAGGGAUAUAUCAACCAAAUUGGUGUCAGAUUAUAUUCAUUCUGUCAUCCUAUCGUUGGCAGAUUUUUCUCUUGACAGGUGAUGCUUGAAUGAGCCUCUGGGUUAGUAUGCAUGUGUAUACCUGUAUAGAUAGAUAGAUAGAUAGAUAGAUAGAUAGAUAGAUAGAUAGAUAGAUAGAUGGAAUGAUUGUGGACACACACAUAUACAAACACCAAGAAUUUUUGCAGUUUGUGAUGAUCAGAAAAAAAAAACACAAAGUAAAAAUUAGUUGAUCGUGUUAAAUUUGAUUCCAUAAGAUUUUUGUUGUUGUUUGGGCAUUUCUAGAGUACUUUUUUACAUUUGAAAGUACAAGAUAAGUAUUAGUAAUGAUGACUUAUAUACCAUCAGAAUCUAUAUAACCAGUUUUUACAAGAUUAGAAAACAAAUUGGCAGCAGAGAUGUUUGCUAACUCCAGCUUGAUACUUCAGUUGGAAAGAGAAUUUGAACGUAUGCUCUGUGGAUAACAGAAAAAUAGUUUUUGUGUUUGUUGCAUGUGUGUGUUUCAUGAACUUGUAUCCUUUUCCAUAUUCUUCCUCUGUGAAUGAGUGACAGAGUGAUCUAACUUCCUCCUUUUCUACUGAAAUACUCCCACUGACUGUACUGCACAGGCAUGAAAUGGUAGCCUAUUGGGUCUUCAGUAACUUUUUUUUUCCUAAAUGAGUGAAACAUAAGAUAUUUAACUCCAUUUAAACCAGGUUAAGAAAAGUUGAGAUUUUGAGAGAGAGAGAGAGAGAGAGAGACACUCAGGGAGGGUAUUAACUUGUCACUUUUGCCUAUCUGGGUGUUUAAAGUGCCAUAACUAAAUAACUUUCAGUUGAUGAUUCUAGAGUAAAUUAAAUUUGGUAAAGGAGCUUCACACGUGGCAGUGGUUAAACAUUCUUUUGUAUUUAAAAAAAUUAAAACGUUUUGUGAACUGGUAUAUUUUCUCUUAGUGAAUAUGAAUUGUUUCUUUAUCUCUACUGUCAAUACCCUUUUUAAAACUCAGGAAAGACAAAGGUUCAAUUAUACCACUUUUGUCAAUGUGCAAACCAGGUGUAUGUUUCUUUUUCCUGUUAUCUGGAUAUGGUAAUAGAUUUUUUAAAAAUUACUGUGAGAACCCAUACAUGAAAAGAGAGGAGUUGAAUUGUUUGUGUGUGCCUUUUGAGUCUUGAGCUUUACAUGUGGGAAAGACAUCUACUCCAGACUAUUUUUCAAAGAGAGGGAGAGAUUGCUAUUUAUGUGGUGCCAAGUGAUAAGAUAAUGUCUCACAAAGGCUUCCUAUGGAUUGCCUUUAUUUUUAGUAAACUCAAGACACUGGUUAACCUCAACAUAAUUUUGGCCUUAUUAGAAUUUCUUGUUCUUUAUGUUGAAAGCCAGGUUUACAUAACCUCAUCCCCAUUAUUCUUUUUAGGUAAAUAAAUUGACCUUACCAAGGCACCAGAAUAGGAGAAUUUGGUUGACCUAUAAAACAGUAGGUGUGACUAGCUAGCUAUGCUAAUAGUCAUUUCUAAAAUGUUAGGCACCAGAAACCACUUGAGCCAGGCGUGUGAACUGAUAAUUCCAGAGACAUUUUCAACAUAUGUUAGACAUUUUUAAAUGUUUUAUAUGAAUGUUUUACAUUUGUGUGAUUGCUUUAGAUAUUAAAUUUACUUAGUGCUAAAGAUGAUCAUAAUUUUUAAAGAAUAGCAAGUCAUAACUUAUUUUAUAUAUUGUUCCAAAGAAAACAAUUUGUUUUAAUGUUUUCAAAAUAACUACAUCUGAAUUUGUUUAUGUGCCUUAAGUUCUCCAGUGCUAUUUCAAUUUUUUUCAAUCUAAGCAAAGCUUACCUUAGUAAGUUUCAUAUUUGUUUCCUAUAGAGUACAUAAACUUCCCCCUUAAAUAUUUUAAUGAGCACCAACUGUGAUUGCUUGGCAGAAUGAGAAUGUUAAAGAGAAGUCAUUGGGUGCUUGGAGUUUUAUUAUAUUUUUAUUUUUUGAUACCUAGGUGCUUUUUAAAAUAUUUAGACAAACAUUUAUCUUAUUUUGAUUAAGCCCUUGUAAAUGUCAUUUGAAAUAUCUACAUCUAGUGUCAAAAAAGUAUUUAUCUAAUUUCUUUCGUUCCAUUCUUCAUACUAUUUUUUUCCCUCUACAUGCUUUUACUUUAACUUUCUUGAGAAAGCAUUUCUUCCCUUUCCUAUCACUCCUCCCUGCAGUUUAUAUAAAUUCUAUUGAGACUCAAACAACCCAAUUUUAAAACUGAACUAAGUAUAAUCUGCUUUACAACUAGUACAGACCUGUGGCAGCCAAAGUCAUUUGCUUUCAGUUAGCUACUAUGGAAUCUUCACAGUGAAAUGUAUUGCAUUGUUCUCAAUUCAGUUGUAGCACAUUAAUAUUUACAUGUUUUGUUUUUAUUCUUACAUAGUUUAAAUUUUUAAGAAGUUGUAAAAUGUCUUUUAACCAUUAUUACUUGACUGUAUGGUUACAUUAAAUUUUGUUUACCAAAAA